CCACUUCCAGUGAUGGCGGAGCUCCACAGACGUGGUCGUGAGCUCUCAGACGCGCAGUCUGUUAGAGGCGCAGGGACACGGGACGGGAGGACAGAGACAGACGGGAGGACAGACAGUCCCACCGUGCUGCUCAAACUGCUGGCGGCGGCAUUUUACGGACUGAGCUCUUUUCUCAUCGUCGUAGUCAACAAAAGCGUCCUGACCAACUACAGAUUUCCAUCGUCAACAUGUGUCGGAAUUGGACAAAUGUUUGCUACAGUUGUAGUCCUGAGGUUGGUGAAGGUGUUGGGUGUCAUCUCGUUUCCAGAUAUGGAUUUGAGUGUCCCAGCAAAGGUGUUUCCAUUACCUCUUCUAUAUGUUGGGAAUCAGAUAUCAGGACUGUUUGGGACACAGCGACUCAAUUUACCCAUGUUCACAGUCUUGAGGAGGUUCAGCAUUUUUCUGACCAUGGUGUUUGAGGGGCUAUUGCUUAAAAAAAUCUUCUCUACAUCGGUUAAGAUUACAGUGUUUACGAUGAUCUUUGGUGCUUUUAUCGCUGCCAGCACUGACUUGGCUUUUGACCUUGAAGGAUAUGUCUUCAUAAUGUUGAACAACGUACUGACAGCGGCCAACGGCGCAUACGUGAAGCAGAAACUUGACUCCAAGGAGUUGGGUAAAUAUGGGCUUCUCUACUACAAUGCCUUGAUCAUGAUCGUACCUACGAUGGUGUACGCCUACUGCGUCGGGGAGUUACAUGCGGGCAUGGAGUUUGAUGGCUGGUCGGAUCUUGUCUUUGCCGUGCAGUUUGUCCUCUCUUGUGUCAUGGGCUUUGUUUUGAUGUACUCCAUCAUGCUGUGUACGCAGUACAACUCGGCGCUCACCACCUCCAUUGUGGGCUGUAUUAAAAAUAUUGUCGUGACCUACAUCGGAAUGGUGUUUGGUGGUGACUACAUAUUCACCUGGACUAACUUCAUUGGCUUAAAUAUAAGUAUCGCUGGCAGCCUGGUGUACUCCUACAUCACCUUCACAGAGGAACAAAUGAAACGGACGUAGACGACAGCACCGUCUCACUGAACUACAGUGUCCACGUUUCAGGAUAUCUGUGCGCACAAGGAUGCGCCUCUUAAAAAUUUUUUGUCAAGAUGGAUUUUUAUAUGCAGAAUGCUGUUUUUAUAUGGAGCCUGAUGGUCAUGUUUGACUGCAGGGAGUAAACAAUCUUUACAUCUGAUGUGUCUCUUCAAGUUGACAUUCAGCUCAAUUAAAGGGAUCUUGUAACAAUAUACUUCAUUUUUAUUCACGAGUCAUUUACAGAGAAAACAUUGUGGAUCAACACGGAAACAAACAUCUUAAUUUGCAUGGUUGACAUUGAAAUACAAAGUAAAGCACUUGCACCUUAAACCGAUUUGCGGUUGCCCAGAUUAUCACAGGUUUGUGUUGCUGCUGAAGCCCAUUUAAACUGAGACCUUUUCACUCAGAAGGUUCUCUGCAAACAAAGAUGCCAUAAGGAGCAGGAUCACACCGGAAUGGGAAGUGCUGGUAAAUGGGGGGUGGAGAUGGAAUGGCUACCUGUUUACAUCCAUCAGUCAAAGUUCUCGAUUAAAAAGCUUACAAGAAAGACCAGAAAAAAAAUGCUAUAAAAAUGUAGCAACUGCUCAUGGUAAGAAAUCUAUACAAACUUUACAUUAAAAUUCACAACAUUCUGUUUAGCAAAAGCAAAGCACUGACUGCAAAAAAAAAAUCCCAAAAUACAGCCAUCUUCAACACGAGAUAAUACAGGACAUCAUUGAUGUCAGCUGCUUUGCACAAACAAACCUGCAGGGGGAGCCACCUACGGGUUCAUUUUCAAGAAUCGAACACGAGUGAAAAGUGGAAUGCGGCCAGGUUUCAUCAGCACGCUUCAGUCAGCAGAAAAAUGUACAAUCAAAGUGCGACUAAAGUGACUUUUAUGACCUGUUAAUUUAAGUACAUAAACCUUAAAACGGCUGUUUCCUCAAAUGUUGCAAUGGCACUGACAUAUCCAUUAUAGAUUUAUCCAUU